AUGAAAGGAUAUCUUGAUAACCCAUAUCACAGUAAGGUUCAUGCUUAAGAUGUUGCUUAAACUUGCAAUUUCUUACUAAGCAAAUGCAAAUUCAUAGAAAUCGGUUAAUUAGAUGAAUAAGACAUUGCCUGUGUGUUAAUUGCUGGAGCUAUUCAUGAUUAUGGACAUCCAGGACUUACUAAUGCAUUCUUAAUCAACAGUAGAAAUGAAUUGGCUCUAACAUACAAUGAUCAGAGUGUUUUAGAAAUGUAUCAUCCUUCCUAAUGCUUCAAAAUUGCCUGGGGAAAUCAAAAAGUCAAUAUUUUUGAAAAUCUUUAAUUUCAUAAAUACAGACGCAUAAGAGAAUCGAUUAUCUUAAUGGUACUUUCCACAGACAUGGCUCAUCAUGCUUCAGAACUUGCCAUCACUAAUAGUAGAAUUGCUGCUCCUGAUUUUGAACCCAAUGGCAAGGAUAAAUAAAGAUUGAUGGACUUGAUUGUACAUUCCUCUGAUGUAUCCAAUCCUACUAAAAGCUUUGAAAUCUACAAAUAAUGGACAGAAAAGGUCUUAGCUGAAUUUUGGUUGUAAGGAGACAAAGAGAGAGACCUUGGUUUGCCAAUCUCGUAUCUAUGUAAUCGAUUUACAACCAACACAGCUGAAGCAUAAGUGGGAUUUAUUGAUUAUGUUGUGAAACCUACAUUUGCAUGUGUCUUAGGAUUCCUUCCAGCUUAUGAACCUUUCUUUUAAAACUUGGACAAAAACAAAGCUAAGUGGCAAGAACUUAUAGAAUAUUAUAAACAAUAGUUAGCUUCCAUUCAACCUAAAUGA